GCUGGCCUCAUCUAUAAAUAGGAGGAGCCUCUGAAGGCAGAGGGCACUAAGCCAAGCAUUGCCCAAGCUCUUGUAAAUCUCCUUGCGUCCAAUAAACUCUCAUUUCCUCCCAACUUCCAACCUUUGCAUUUUAAGCUUCACAAGCCUCUUUGUCCCAUAGGUGGAUUGUGCCCAGCACCAAGGGAAGGCUGACUUGGUUUGGUUAAGGGGUGAAAUCCAAGCUAAGUGCCGCACGGUGACUAGCAAGAGUCUUGUCUCGUGACAAGUGGUCGAGCUAGCCAUGGGUGAUGUCCAUAAGCAGCUAGACACUCUUGAUUCUCGCAUGGAGGAGCAAGGGGACAGGGGCGGCAGUGUCGAAGAGCUUGAAGGCAAGCUCCAAGGUGCCCUUAAUUUGGUUGUCGCUGACAUGCAUAAGGCCAUGGAGGAGUUUUGCGGGUCCAUUGCAACAGAGGUGAGCGCAAUGAAGGCGGAGCUCAGCGAGGACAAGGGGGACCUAGCCUUGUGCAAGGCCGCCAUGGCAGCUGGCGUUGCAGCUAGCGGUGCGCCCAACGUGGCACCCAAGCUGAAGGUGCUUGAGCCGCCCAAAUAUGGAGAGGCUGCCAUGAAGAAGCUUCGUGUGCUCAAACAUACGGGGUUGAUCAACGACUACAUCAGGGAAUACAACUCCUUAAUGCUUGAGAUCCCCGAUAUGACUGAGAAGAAUCGGCUCCUCUACUUCAUGGAUGGACUACAACGGUGGGCCGAGCAAGAGCUGAAGCGCCGUGGCGUUCAGGACCUUGCGUCAGCCAUAGCAGUUGCCGAAUCACUUAUCAAGUUCAGCAGCGAACCUCCUAAGAGAGGCAAAGAGAAGAAAGGUGGCUCGAGCAAAGGUGGGGGAGACAAACCACAUAAGGCCUAUAAGCCUUUCAAGGGCCCAGGAAGGCAGCGGAACAAGCUUAACGCCAUCAUCUCAGUGGUUGAGGAGCCGUCCCAAGCGGGGGAGACGCAUUUGGGAGCGAUGCAAGUCCUCAACGCCAUACGGGCCAAGGUGCAGAGUGGGGGUGACGCCAAGGCCUGUGCCGUAGCAGAACAGAAGGGUGUCGGCAAGACCCUCAAAUACGUUACUGUCAAGAUCAAAGGGGUAAGCGUCCGUGCUCUAUUGGAUAGUGGUGCUAACCAAAAUUUGAUUGCAGACGAGAACAAGAGUCACAAGGUGCCACUGGAGCAACUACCCGCUGGAGACCGCGUCCUCUCGGCUAUACAAGUGUCCCGAGGCAUCAAACGAGGUGAGGACACUUAUCUAGCUGCUUUAAAGGAAUAUAGUACCUCGUCUCUUGAUGUCCCACAAGAAGUUCAAGGCAUUCUCCAUGAGUUCGAAGAUGUGAUGCCCCCGGAGUUGCCAAAGAAACUUCCACCAGGGAGGGAGGUCGACCAUGCCAUUGAGCUGGAGAGCCUGCAACUCAAAGAGCUACUAGAUGCGAGGUUCAUCCGUCCCUCCAAAGCACCCUAUGGUGCACUAGUGUUGUUCCAGAAGAAGCAUGACGGGACCCUCCACAUGUGCAUUGACUACCGGGCGCUCAACAAGAUCACAGUGAAGAACAAAUAUCCCAUUCCUUUGAUAGACGACCUGUUUGAUAAGCUUGGGAAGGUACGAUGGUUCACCAAGCUCGACUUGAGGUCGGGGUAUUGGCAAGUGAGGAUAGCCAAAGGGGACGAGGCCAAGACCACCUUUGUGACGCGUUAUGGUGCAUACGAGUUCCUGGUGAUGCCUUUCGGCCUCACAAAUGCUCCAGCUACUUUCUACACCUUGAUGAACAAAGUCGUCCACCCAUUCCUUGACAAAUUCGUGGUGCAUGCCAUCCAGGAGUGGGAGCCUCCCAGCUCAGUCCCCGAGCUGCGAUCAUUCCUUGGCCUAGUCAACUACUAUCGUCGGUUCAUCCAGGGGUAUUCGGCAAGGGCCACACCCUUGACAGACUUGCUCAAGAAGAAGGUCUCGUGGGAGUGGACAACAGAGUGUCAACGAGCCUUUGAGGACUUGAAGCAAGCGGUGAGCCAAGAACCAGUGCUCGCAUUGCCCGACUAUGGGAAGCCUUUCGAGAUGCACACUGAUGCGUCCAACUUGGCGAUCGGAGGAGUCUUGAUGCAAGAUGGCCAUCCUAUAGCGUUUGAGAGCCGUAAGCUCAAUGACACAGAGAGGAGGUACCCGGUGCAUGACAAGGAGAUGACUGCCAUCGUCCAUUGCUUGCAGGUCUGGCGCCAUUACUUGCUUGGGAGCAGGUUCGUGAUUAAGACUGAUAAUGUAGCUAUGAGCUACUUCCAGAGGCAGAAGAAGCUCACGCCCAAGCAAGCAAGAUGUCAACCUGAGGGUGACAUACUGGAUCGUGUCAAGGAGGGCCUGGCACAUGAUCCCUUCGCCAAGAGUCUUAUGGAGCUGGCUCGUGAGGGCAAAACGCGACGAUUCUGGUGCAAUGAUGGUGCUCUAUAUACUGUGGGGAAUCGCCUAUAUAUCCCGAAGUGGGAGAAUUUACGACAGGAGCUGAUGAAGGAGUGCCACGACUCGAGCCCCACGGGAUUGCAAGGCAGAGGAAGCAGCACGCUUAUUUUUCCAGCACGCUUAUUUUUCAAGCACGUGGUGAAGUAUUGGGGGCUUCCUCGCAUCAUCAUUAGCGAUCGGGAUCCAAGGUUCACCGGGAAGUUUUGGAGGGAACUCUUCAAGCUCAUGGGAUCAGACCUCCACUUCUCUCCGAGCUUUCAUCCGCAGACGGACGGGCAAACGGAGCGGGUGAAUGCACUAUUGGAGCUAUAUUUACGGCAUUUUGUGAGUGCCAAUCAACAUGACUGGGCAAAGUUGUUGGACGUGGCACAAUUUUCCUUCAAUCUGCAGCGGCGUGAGGCCACCCAGCAAAGCCCCUUUAAGAUCGUGACAGGCCAACAACCGUUGCCCCCUCACUAUGUGACGCGAGGCUAUACUGGUGCAAGUCCUGCUGCAUACAACUGGGCAAAAGAUUGGCAGGAGCAGGUGGAUGUGGCUAAAGUUUACUUGGAUAAGGCCUCCAAAAAGAUGAAGAAGUGGGCAGACAAAGAGCGACGGCCACUGGAAUUCCAAGUGGGCGACCUUGUGAUGGUGAAGCUACCAGCCCAACAGUUCAAAGCUUAUCGACAAGUCCACAAGGGGCUGGUGCGUCGAUACGAGGGACCCUAUUCGGUUCUUGGAAAGGUAGGAAAGGUGUCUUACCGUGUCGAUCUUCCACCAAGGCUGAAGAUACACCCGGUAUUCCAUGUGAGCAUGCUCAAGCCAUUCCAUGCAGAUCAGGAGGAUCCAGUGCGAGGCGUGUCACAACGAGCACCACCAGCGACCAUAACCUCGUAUGACAAGCAACUCGAUGACGAGGCCAGCUGGGAACGCGAGGAAGACUUGUGGCAGUUCUUGAGCACCAUCGAGGCCUACAAGAUCAGGAAGCUUGACGAGGGCGUCAAGAGCUUUGGUGGGGGAGAGUGUCACGGACCGCGAGCUCGGACGCCCAAGAAAAGGGUCACAAUGCCAGGAUCGCGGUGCAAUGUCGUGGACUCAACGGCCUAGCGCGCUCAUGAUGGCAUUGUC